AUGCCUGUCGACAAGCUCAAACCUUACAACGACCCUCGGGUCUCGCUGCGGUCAGCCAAUCUCAAUGGUCACAACUAUGGCUACCUGUACAGUCCAGCAUCAACCAAAGUCCCGCACAGAGGAACUGUCUUCCUCAUUCAUGGUUUCCCAGACAUCUCGUUUGGAUGGCGCUAUCAGAUCCCAUUUUUGGCAAGUCUCGGCCUUGAUGUGAUUGCUCCUGACUGCAUGGGCUAUGGGCGGACUGAUUCACCAUUAUUCACGCUCAAGGACUACACCUACAAGCGAGUCAGCGAUGACAUCGCUGAGCUCUGCCGCCAGCUUGGUCUCAAGCAUAUCAUUCUCGGUGGACACGAUUGGGGCGGUGCGAUUGUCUACCGAGUUGCACACUACUACCCCGGCUUGAUCACCUCGGUAUUUAGCAUCUGCACGCCCUACGCCCCGCCCACGACUAAGUAUGAACCUCUAGCCGUGAUGGUGAAGAACCAACUACCGAACUUCGCAUAUCAGAUGCACUUUGCUUCCGGGGAGCUCGAGCAACAGAUCCGGUCCAAAGAUGAAAUCCGCCAAUUUCUAAACAAUAUGUACGGUGCCAGAACCCCUGAAGGUGAAGUGGCUUUUGAUGCAAAUGGGCGCGUAGACUUCGAGAAACAACGACGUCUCGGCAGGAACAAGCUCCUUGACGAUGACGAGCUAAAAUAUUAUGUUGACGAGUACGCUCGGCACGGCUUGAACGGUCCCCUGAAUUGGUACCGUGUCCGUGAGGAGAACUACAUGGACGAGUGGACGUACUUUUUCGACGAGGGCCGCAAAUCCCGCGAGGACGCUGUAAGAGAUCUCACCUUGAACCAAGAGCUUCUUUUCGUCCUAGCCACGAAAGACCAAGCUUUGAAACCCUUCAUGGCCGCCAAGAUGGGAGACAGGAUCCCAAACUUGACCAGGCGGGAGGUGGUUGCCGGCCAUUGGGCACUCUGGCAGAAACCCGAGGAAUGCAACAAGAUCAUUGGUGACUGGUUGCACGAGAAGGUGUUCAGUAAAUCGGACGGUGGCAAGAGCAAGCUCUGA